AUGGCGAACUCUCAAGGCACGCUCUUCAUACGCCUGGGCUUCCCGGAUGAGGACGAGUGCUACAGGGCGGGCUACUCGGCCUUCCUUGCCCUCGAAGAUGCGGGCGUCCCAGCGGCUACCAUGACCUUGACGGGGCGAGCUGGACUAUCGGCCCUUCUGCGCGCCUUCUCGCACGAUCUCGGGAUGGACUUGCUCUACAUCGCUGAAGAUGAGAAAGUCUUCACCCUCGAGAUCGGUGAUGUCGAGGCAAAGGAUCGGACUGAACAGCGCCCGAUCAAGGUGCGACAAUGGCGCACGAAGGAUGGGCAAGUGAUGCCGACGCAUCUGAGUGUGGAGAUGAAGGAGGGAGACGGGUCCGGCUGGGAGGGUGUGGGACAGAUUCCGACCGACUCGUCAGAAUGGCCGGAAGCCGGCUUCCUGAAGCCAGGCGCACUUCGCCACAUCAACGACGACCUGUGCCGGAUCUACGUUUCCUGGUGGAAACCGCUCCCUCAUGUCAAGAGCAUCGCCGUCCGCUCCGCGCCCGUGCACUUCGUCAUCUUCCUCGACGCCUUUUUCCACGAUGCGGAGCUUGGACUGCCGUUCAACGACGCGAACGCCUUGGCAGCCAGGUUCAAGAAGCAAGACGUUGACUUCUCCUCUUUCUGGCCGCUCAUCCAGUUGUUCGGGUUGCGCAUCCAGCUCAAUACGGCAGGUCUGGCUACGCGGAUCGAAGAAGCGAGGUUGGACAACUACAGCUUCGCUCGGCUCGCUAAACGUGUAUCUCCGCAUGUUCUGCAGUCAAUGCUUUAUUGCGCGCAGGCGCUCGAAUCGGCCAAUCACGACUCCAAAGUCUCGCGGGCGUGUGCGAGUUGGGCGGAGCGCGAGUACGAUCUCGACGCGACUUCGCGAGAACCGCUGGGUAUCUGGACCAGGCGGACAAUCUCCUGGAUUGUGUAUCUCCUCAAGAUCAUGAAUGGCGAGGGCCCCGUAGUCGACAAGUACCUGGAGAAGGCGAGGGAGCGGGAGCGUGUCGCCUUGGCCCACGACCCGCACUCUGCCCCCUCCUCGCCAGAAUUCGACCGACCUCACCCCGCACACUCGUACCCCGACACGCCGCGCGACUCUCGCCACACGCCACCCGACAACUUCGACGACUCCGGUCCGAGGCGAUCCCGCUCGAAGCGCCAGCCGAAAAAGUCUCGCCCUCACCGCUCCUCCCGUCCCGAAACUCACCCACCGCCAGACGACGACGGAUUCACCCCGAGCGACAUCGCGGAGAUUGAGCGGCGCCCGAGGGAGAGGGCGAAGCAGCAGGCGCCGAAGUACAAUCGAGCGGAGGACUGGGACAACCUCUCACCGCCGCCUCCGCCAUCCAGGCAUCACUACCGCCCCCUCGACGACCUCGACCGCUCGCCGCCUGCGGCGCUGAGGCGGAACUCGAAGUUUGAAGGCGGAGACCGUCGUCGCGGUAGUGCGAACCGCUACUUCGCGGCCAAGCACGAGCCAGAGCCGUACUACCUCUCGCAGGCUGAGGAUGAGCCUCUCCCGCCUCUCUCGAGUCGCAAGAAGAAGAAGGCGCCGGCGACGAAGAGCACGAGGGAUCCCUGGGCGGCGGACGAGUACGAGCGCCGUGGGACGAGCGGGCAUGCGUAUGGGUCGCCUGCGCCCCACCACGGCACUCAGCCGGUCUACCACGAAGACUCCUCCUUCACCGACGACGACGACGACGCAGACGACUACAUCGACCCCCCAUCCUCGUCUCGUCCGCUCUCGUCCCGCCCGCUCUCCAAGCCGACGUACUACUCCCGCCACGCCGACUCCUACGGCGACGACGCAGGCGACUACAUCAACCCGCCUCCGUCCUCGUCUUCCAAGCCGCUAGCCAGGCCGAAGCACAAGUCCAAGCCCACGCAGUCCUACUACACCGAUCCCGUCGCUCGCCGUCGCUAG